AUGGAUAAAUAAGAGGAGAAAUUGCAACAAGAAGAGAAGGAGGAAGUAGUUGAAGAAUAGGAUGAAAAAUAAGGCGAUUAACUAAGUAAGAACUAAAAGAGGAAUCAGAAAAAAAAGGAGAAGAAGAAAAAGUUAAAAGAGUAGAAUUAGGAGAUCAUUUAGUAAGUUGAGGAGGAGAUAAAAGCAAAGUUGAAUUUGACUGAGGCUGAAUAGACAGAUCUUGAAAUAGCAUGGUGUGUUAAGCAAGUAAAAUUGGGAUUGACCUAAAAAUUGACCCCUGAAGAGAUAAAAAUAUCAAUGUCGAUGAUUGAAUUACUGGAAAGCGAUUAAGUUCCACUAGUAAAGAAGAGGAUGGCAAUGAAGUCGAGUUUCGGAGACUAUAGAAAACUAAUGAAAUAAUAUAAAUGAAUUAAUAAUUAUUAAUUUUGGUUAUAAAA